AUGGCAGCAGAAUAUUUCUCAAGCCUUCAAUACAUUUGGCUAAAUAUCGUUUUCUUCGUCUUCUCGCUAUUCCUAUUCGCAGUUUGUCUGUACGCGUGUCUGUUCGUCCGAUGGGUGUAUAAGCGACGACUUCGUCAGAAGACCGACGAGAUGAUCGACGCCUACAAGGAGGAGGAGUUUCGGCGGAAGGAGACGGAGCUCAAUUUGAAGAGACAGGAGUUGGAAUACCCCGAAAUAAAGCGGAAAAGCUCCUCAAAACCGCGAAAAAUCCACAUCGUCACCACGCCAUGCGGCGGCAACCACGUCAUCCAAAAUAACGAAGUCAUCGUCCGCCAAGUCAACGAGAAUCCCAUUGAGGAAGUUCCCCCACCACCACCACCACCACUACAACAUCCACCCCGAAAAGAGGACCCCCAGAUGGCGUAUCUCCCGCCCCAACAGAUUCAACACCUCCAACAACAACAGCAAUACGGAGGACCGCAAUAUGUGUUGGUGCCGGUGGAAAUGAUGAGAAAGAAGCAGAAGAAGAGAGGCCGCCGCUCGUCUAGCUCAUCUUCAACCUCCAUCAGCCCGCCUGUUUCCCGUCGAAUCGACAAAAGUGUGGCGUGCCAAACGUCGCCUCCUCGUCGUCUAUCCCACGAGCCGAUGGAGUUGAAGGAGAAGAAUUCCGAGGAUUGGCUGACCGGAUUCGAUGAGAAAGAUGGCGAGAGAAUUGAUGUGGAUGAGGAGGAGGAGGAGAAGGAUGUGGAGGAAAUGGGAAGUGAGAAGUACAUGAGAAGAAAGAGAGAAAUCGAGGAGAAGCAGGCGUAUGAUCAACAAUAUGCAUCUGAAGAGACACGCGUAUCGAUUGAAGAUGACGCUCCGCCAGAGACACCGGCAGAUGCUCCGGUCCCGACUCCGAACUCUCCGACUACUUCUCAUUCGACGACUCCGAAAACUCCGGAGGCAACAUCUUCUGACAAGAAACCAUCACCACCUGGAAAAAGUUACGUCGCUAGUCAAUACUUUGGACUACCUGGGGAGCAGGCUCCGAAUAACGCCUCGAAGCCAUCUGGAUUCUCGAAGGAUUCUACUGGAUCUGGAUCUGGCGUCGCUUCGUCUGUUCCACCGUCCAAGGGGUCGUCACCACCUGUAUCUGGGAAGAAGACAAGUCCGGACAAGAGUUUUGUGGCCAGCCAGUACUUUGGACAACCUGGAGAACAGCUUAAUAACAACUCAUCUGGAAAGUCGUCGUCGCCACCAGGAGAGAAGACUUCCGGAUCUGACCUCGCCUCAUCUAUCCCACCGUCUAAAAGAUCGUCUCCACCGGGUUCGGCAAAAAGAGUCAGUCCGAGAAAGGAUGCCGUCGUCAGCGAAUACUAUGAACUACCCGGAGAUUUGAGCGACUACCCCCAAAAACCACCGGGAAAAGUCUCACCACCCGCUUCCAUUUUCCCAUAUUUCGUCGAUCCAAAAGCUCCAUCGACUAGUGUCUCCACAAGCAAGGCCUCCUCGAAAUUGACAGAUCCCGAGUUGGCACCAACUGAUUCGUCGUGCGCUUUGUACCGCCAAAAGAAGAAAAAGAUGACAACGGAUUCCGCAAAGGCCUACAAAGGGACACCGCCUGCAAAGACGCCCAAGUAG